UUGCUGUAGAUGGUCGCUCGGAACUCCUCUCUGGCUAGCUGGUCGAAAUCCUGCCCGUGGAUGAUGCGCAUCUGUUUGAGGAAAGUGGACUUGCCGCUCUCGCCGGCGCCGAGCAAAAGUAUCUUCACUAGCCGCUUCACGAGAAGCCAGCUUGUAUGGGCUUUGGAGACAGAAAGUGAAGAGGAGUGGAGAAGAGGUGUGGUCACUCAUGGGCUACAGAAGAUUGCAUCAGUUCCAUCUCCUCUCAGCCAAAAACAGGAAGAUCAGAAAGAUUGAGUCGAAGAUGAGAAAAACGUUGCCUGCGCUAACAAAUCUUGAUGGAGAUGUUGGGGGCAGAAUUUGGGAUCAGCAGCAUGAAUCCAUGUAUCAAACCUGCCUUGUCUGAACAGUUCAGGCUGGUAUUGAUGUUGGUGGUAAUAAUGUGGGGAAUGUUUUCAUGGCACACAUUGGCUUCCUUAAUACCAAUUGAGCAUCCUUUGUAUGCCACAGCUUAUCUGAGUAUUGUUGACCACUUUGAUACCUUUAUGGUACCCAUCUUACAAUAUCUACCUACUUUCAGCAUAACACUGUCACAAAGCACGAGCCAUCUCGGACUGCUUCCACGAACAUGACAAUGAGUUAAGUGUAUUUCAGUCGCCUCGUCGGUAACCAGAUCUGAAUCCAGAUCAGAGCACUUUGGGGAUGUGAUUCGCAGCAUGAAUUGUGCAGUAGUUAUUAUUAUAUGAUACAAUCAUGUCAACAUGGACCAUAAUCUCAAAGGAAAGUUUUCAACACCUUGUGCAAACCAUGCCAGUACGCUAUUCCUAAUCAAGUGGUGCAUUACUUAAGGUUCAGGUUUAGACUAUGAUCAAAACGCAAUGCAUUUUCAUGAAGUCUCUGAUUUGGCAUGUCUUACAACAUCAGGUCAUUUCGUUUUAGGCUUUCACUUCUUCAAACCUUUCCACCAGCAGUGAAAGAGUUUUCACAUGAUCCCAUUGUUGACCACUAGAGGCCUCUUGUGGACGAUUGAAGCUUCGAGAAAUUAACCAUAUUUUCAACACCCGUGACUGGAAAGCUUUAACCCUUCACGAAGCUUUGUCACCAUUUAUUUAUUUAUUUAUUUAUUUAUUUAUUUCACACGUUAUAUCCGUAACAUUUCAGUAAAUCAUGGCAGUCACGUGAUUAAAUACGCACACGUGUUCCUUGUAUUUUUGCUUUUUGAGUGAAAUAAAAGUUUUGUUUAUUUAUUAUUCACACGUUUAAAUUAUUACAAACGGUCGAAAAGAAGAACACGAACACAACUUGUGUAGAUUUUAAAGCAAAUACAUCGAAAUAUUGUCUGUGGGAUAUCUUUACACGACACUGUUGAAGGUAGAUGACGUAUACAGGUUGGCUGUGGAGAUUUAAAUGCUGCGCUGUGAUUGGUGGACAAAGCUUUGCUUUUCACGCGCACAGCUCAGGGUCUUUGCACGUCUGGUGAGAGCUGCAGCUCUGCUUGUACGAGUUCAUUCUUUAGGGCCUACAAAAAAGAAAGAAAGAAAAAAUGACGAUUAAAUUAAUCCGUGACCAUGGACAGCAUUAUAGACCUCGAAUGGCCUGUCUGACGAAGCUCGAGGCCUUGGUGCUGGCAAUGCAGGACACAAAAUCCGGGGUAAAAUCAUCUGAGCAGAAACUGAACACCACUUCCAUUCCACAUGUCACUGCAGGAGGGGACAUUCUUGAGUGGAUUGCCAGUCAUAUGAAGAUAGAUAAUCAAGAGGCUCGGACAAUUGGUACCAUGUUAGUUGCUUUUGGCUUCAUCUACCCACUGCAAGACCACAAAAGACUCAUCCUGAAGCCAGAUGGCAGUCUCUAUCGCUUUCAGACACCGUACUUCUGGCCUGUGCAGAAAUGGAAGGCAGAAGACACUGAUUAUGCAAUUUAUCUGGCAAAGAGAAACAUUCGAAAGAAGGGGACACUUGAUAACUAUGAACAGGAGAACUACAACAACCUUCAGAAAUGGCUCAACUACAAAUGGGAUUUUAUUGUGAUGCAAGCCAAAGAGCAAUACAGAACGGGAAAGGAGAGGAACAAAUCAGACCGGGUUGUGUUUGAUUGUCAGGAAAGGGCCUACUGGAUAGUUCACAGGCCUCCACCUCAAACUCACAGCGCCAUGGACUACGGCAUGGAUCGGCUCAUCGAUCCUAACACAGAAGAGAAAAAAACCUUUGACUACUACAGAAGAAUUAUCAUCUACAUUCAGCAAGUAAUCAUGAGACCAAGGGUCAAGUCCUCAGUGUCCCUGGGAGCCCUUGUGAAACACAUGACAACAUAUCACGACCACGAUCCGUUUCUCAACCCGUGUAUUCCCAGCAACCCGUGGCAGAGUGAUGAUGUCACAUACUGGGAUCUGAACAUGAGAAAUGUCGAAACGCCUACGAAGAUGAGAGUUGAGCGCUGGUCCUUUGGUUUUUACGAGUUACUCAAAGAUCCACGCGGCCGCGCCGACUUCAGACUCUUCCUGAAGAAGGAAUUCAGCGGGGAGAAUUUGGCUUUUUGGGAGGCUGCUGAGGAGAUGAAGUGGGGAGCAGCAGCGACCAUAUCUGAGAAAGCUGAGACCACUUUUAAGACGUUUUUAGCUCCAGGAGCUCCACGUUGGAUUAACAUUGACGGUCGGACGAUGGGACUGACAGUGAAGGGUUUAGAACAUCCACACCGCUACGUCCUGGAUGCAGCUCAAACGCACAUCUUCAUGCUGAUGAAAAAGGACACGUUUUAUCGCUAUCUGAAGUCACCAGUUUACAAGGACAUGCAGAAAAACGCGAUCUCACCCGUGCCGCAUAGCUUCACUGAUGCUCAACUGGAGCAAAAGGCUAGAAACCGUAAGCCCAGCAUCGACCCUAUCGUCCUGUGGAAGCAGGAACAGGAGGAAAAAGCCAAAGCGGAAGCUGCGGCCAGACCGAUCGAUAUUAAACAACUGAUGGCCAGCAAACUGGACCGCAAGUGACAAGAGUUUAAUGGAAUGGAUUUUGAUUGACUUUGAGAUGAGGCAUAUUAUAUAUGAAUGUCAUUAUGUCGUAUGCUCAUCUCUGUUCGAUCUAACUAGUGAAACUGUGUUUGUGCUAUUUAGAGAAAGUACAGAAUGACUCAUACUGACUGCAGUUUUGCUUAGAGUAUAUUGAUUUCUUUAAAGCUGGAAAAAAAAAUUGUUCAUUUUCCUAUAUAAAUAACAUCGUAGGCAUGUGCCCAUAUUUGGUUAUGUGAUGUAUCCUGAUAUUCAGAUUGCUAGCCUGGAAACCGAGAACUUUGCUUUUUAAACAGCAUCACGAUAGCGUAGAAUGCCCAGAAGUAGUCCAGCAGAGGUCGUGAACAAGCUUUUUCACUCGUAUCGUCUUUUUGCUAUUACAUUUGUGUACAUUGAUGAGGAGUAUUGCUAGCAUUACUAUUACUUACUAUUCAUACGCAAGAAAAUCCUCACCAUGUCCGUAUCAAGCCGCAGAAUCAUUGGUGACUUUCCACAACCUUAAAAUAACAGUAUUUAUAGUUUUAUUUAUACUAUUAUUAUUACUAUUAUAUUUUCAAUUAUUUGCAUUAUCUGGAAGCUGUUUUAGCCUUUGACCAAAUAUGCUGUACAAAAUCUGGUUUCAAGAUUCCAUUCCAUUGUAUUUAGAUAGCACUUUGAACAAUGAAAUAUUGCCACGAAGCAACUUUUUGUUGUGCUUGCUUGAUUUUUGCCUCAUUCUGGCCCCAAACGUGGAGAUUUGAUGGAUUUGGCGGACAUCGUAGACAGCCCGGAUCAAAAGCUCAGUGCGUUGGGGUCUGUCUGCCACAUGUCUGUCAAGGUGAUCUUCGGUUUUAGCACAUUCUCCCAUCUUGUCUUCCUCUUCUGAGCUAGGCUCCACUUAUGCUUGCUCUGGGUCUUGUUGUAUUGGGCAUAGGCGUGCUUCCUAGCCCCUGCUCAUCCAUUAGCCACCAUCCCGUACUAUUGCCCUGUCCCGCAGCCAUGCCUCUGCUGACUCAAACUUGUUUGGGCCCUGACUUUCGGCCUGUCAGGAACUCUAUGCCUGCCAUCGUGACUUUACGGUCUCAAUUGAACAGCAGUGUUUGGUCACAGCUAAUUGAGGCAAUAAAUGAGCGUUUAAUGGUGCUAUACCUAGUAACCAACUCCAGAAUGAAGUUCAUGGUUUUGAGGAGGGGAUGUUAAUGUUUCCAGUCCUGGCAAAAUUUUCAUCAGAGUUCUGACUUUUUAAAAAAUUAUGGCACUGAUCCAAAUUGACUCUGAGUUCAGGUUAUUAUGUGGAAUUCUGCAAGUUCUCCCCAUGCCCCCACAUGUGGGUUUCCUCCAGGUUAUCCAGUACUCUUCUAAUUCUCUGGUUUCCUUCCAAAAUACAGACAGGUAGAUGGAUUGGCUAAACUAAACUGCCCUUAGGUGUGAAUGUGUGCAUGCAUGGUGCUCUGUGAUGGACUGGUAUCCCACAGCGGCUUAGUGAUUAACACUGUUGCCUCGCACCUCUGGGA